AUGGCUAAGGAUGAAAACCGCAGGAGACUCGAUGAUUGGAGGGCCAUACAACAUCGAGGCCGCCACAAAGUAUUGAAGGCAUCUAGAGAUCCGGUCGCCCGGGCUAAGUUCAUUGCUGAGAUGCCGUCUCCGAGACCCGUGAUACUCCACAUUUCAGAGGCCGAUCGAACUUCGGCCUUGGCUUCCCUUCCGGCAUUCCUCUUCAACAGCCCCGCAAUAGAUCCGGAGCCAUGCCGAAACUCCCAUCAACCAUAUUACUCCUUCCUUACAAGCUUUCCUCCUGAGAUACGUAAUAGCAUAUAUCAAUAUGCUAUUGACUACCCCUCGUGCCGAAGCUUAUACGACUAUUACUACGACCAGAGAGAGAAAGCUAUCUCCAAGAUUGAGCUACGACCACGCUCUACUAACCCUAAAAUCUCGCGUUCUUCCAAAUUCGCCCUUAGAACUCCCACUAUUCUGCUCCUCUGCAAGCAGAUAACGCGAGAAGCACUAAGCCUUCUCUACCUUCAGCCCUUCGUUAUCGAUCGCAUCCCACCGUGGAUCAUGGGUAAUCCGGCACCCCUCUCCUUACUCAACUUUAUUAGCAAGUCUACCUUGCAGAACCUCCGAUUCGUACAAAUCAAAAUCCCGCUCGGCGAGAACGCAUAUGUCAGAAGCGGAAAGGUUUGGCUCGAAUUUCUACAGGACGUGCUCAACGCCUGGUCCGAGCGGAAUUCUCUCGUCCGCCUGCAGAUCAUGUUCAAGAUUUCUAACGUCACGGGGCGUAACUUAUGGUCGUACGAACUAGAAGACUAUGAGAAGCUUUCAGAGAAGUUUAGUUACUUCGAGUUCAAGCAUGCCUUGAAACCUGGUUUGAUCCGCUGGGAACAUUGGGUCAUUGACCUCGGGUACGCCUACAAAGUUGGGUUCAGAAAUCCUAUUGUACGGAUUCAUCCCGAUCCAUACAUUUGGCAAGGCAGCGUCAUUGAAUGGCUUUAA